GUGCAUUUGCAGGUGUUGGGGAUGGGGCAGGAGUGGGAGGGUGGGGUAAUGGCGGAGGGGUUGGGGGGCGGCCAGAAGAUCAACCUCCUGAGGGAGGAACUAAAGCACCACAACCACAACCCCAACCUGGUGGUGCUGUUCUCUGACAGCUACGACGUGGUGUUCACGGGGGGCGCUGAAGAACUCCUACAGAAGUACCAGAAGCUGAAGGCGCGGGUGGUGUUCGGGGCCGAGACAUCCUGCUGGCCUGAUCCUUCACUCACCGACCUCUACCCCAGGGUAUCCUACGGGUACAGGUUCCUCAACUCCGGAGGGUUCAUGGGGGACGCGGCGACGCUGUACGACCUGGUCUCCCUGAAUGGGCCGGUGCCCCCCGCCAGCGAUGACCAGCUCUACUACUCAAAGAUCUUCGUGGAUCAAAAACUCAGGGAGAAAUUUGGGAUCAAACUUGACUCCCAGUGCAAGAUCUUCCAGAACCUCAACCACAACUCGGCGGACGUGUCUCUGAAGUUCAAGUCUGGCGACACGCGUCUCGUCAACACCGUCUUCCAGACUCGGCCUGUCGUCAUCCACGGCAAUGGUCCCUCCAAGGUGUUGCUCACGUCCCUCAGCAACUACCUGGCCAAGAGCUGGACGAUGGACGAGGGCUGCCUCAGCUGCGCCGAGGGAAAGAAGGACAUCUUCAAUAUCGACGACUCGGAGCUGCCGGUGGUGAUGGUGGCGGUGUUCGUAGAGACGGGGACGCCGUUCCUGGAGGAGGCGCUGCAGAAGAUAGCGCGUCUUGACUACCCUAAGACACGCAUGCAUCUGUUCCUGCACUCCCAGGUUCCUAAGCAUGGUGCGCUGCUCAGCAACUGGACGAAGGCGGCGACGAAGGCAGGCUACCUGAGCGUCACCCACGUCACCCAUGACGACAAGCUCAAGGAGUGGCACGCACGCGCACGCGCUGUCACCGAAUGCCUGGCGGUGGCGUGCGACGCGCUCUUCUCCGUGGAUGGCGACGUGCAUCUCGACAACCCCGACACUCUGAAGCUGCUGCUGCACCACAACAGACCCAUCCUGGGGGCGAUCAUGACUCGCUUGGGGCGCGCGUGGUCCACCUUCUGGGGGGCGGUCACCCACGACGGCUUCUACGCGCGCUCCACGGACUACAUGGAGAUUGUCAACGGCAACAGGAGGGGCAUCUGGGCAGUUCCAUACAUCAGUGGGGUGUAUUUAAUACAGAAGUCGGUGCUAGAAGACGAAGAACUGCGACCAAAUUACAUACAUAAUCUCUUCGACGCUGACAUCGCCAUGGCAACCAACUACAGAGCUAAGGACGUUCUUAUGUACGCCGUAAACCUAGAACACUACGGACACCUGGUGGAUAACGCCCUAUAUCCCGUGGAUAAACUGCACCCAGAUUUAUGGCACGUAGCCAUGAACAGGGAAGAUUGGGAGGCUCGGUAUCUGCAUCCGGAUUAUUAUAAAGCCUUAAACCUGAGCACACUUAAUGAACUUCCAUGUCCAGACGUGUAUUGGUUCCCAGUUUUCUCUGAACGGUUCUGUACAGACCUCAUCGAGACCAUGGAAGACUAUGGGGAGUGGUCCGGUGGUAAGAAUACGGACGAACGAAUUUCCGGUGGAUAUGAGAACGUACCGACUGUAGAUAUCCAUAUGACGCAGAUAGGAUUCCAGCAAGAAGCCCUUUGGAUCCUGAAGGAAUACAUUAAGCCUUUGGCUGAGAAGGUUUACCUCGGAUACACAAGCGAUGCCCGAGCGGACUUGAUUUUUGUGGUGCGUUAUCGGCCUACUGAACAAUCUUUCCUUAGACCGCAUCACGACAGUUCCACGUACACCAUCAACGUAGGCCUGAAUAGGCCUGGCAUCGACUAUGAGGGUGGAGGAGCACGCUUCAUCAGGUACAACUGCUCGGUGGUUGACACCAGGAUGGGUUGGGCGCUGAUGCAUCCUGGUCGCCUCACCCACUACCAUGAGGGGUUGCAAACAACCAAGGGCACGCGCUACAUCCUGGUUGCAUUCAUUGACAACUAGCAACUUCAUAGUUAAUUACUAAUUCUGUAACACACUUAUUUAAUUUGCUGCCUGGGCCUGUACUUUCAAAAAAAAGUUAAGAGAUCGUAAGUUCAUCAGCCAAUCAUU